AAUUAGGAAACCUAGAAUUAGAAGUCUUUGUUUCGAAGUUUCAAGUGAAGGAAAGAUCAAAGGCGUGAGGGCGACUUCUUUAAUAACAUAUCCAUACAAAUAUCCACAUAAUAGGCGCUUGUUUGACGCUGAAGAUACUGAAUCACCCAUUGUACGAUGGUUGUAUUUCCAUUGUCUUCGCAGUUAAAUAUGUCCAGCACAUCCUUAGCUGCGUGAUUCAGUCAUCAUCACAAACAAUUCAUACACGCAGGAACGACACUGGUUGUCUUUGGUUUAUUACACAUUCCUUUCAACAAUUAAUUAAUAAUUCAAGAAAGAUCCGAACCGUUCUCUUCUCUUCAGUCUACUAUUCCUUCCCAAAUUUCUAGGAACCUCCUAGGUUACUUGCGCCUCCUGCACUUUUUUCCCUUCAUCGGCAUCCAGCACAUAGAACGGACCUACCCACUACGCAAAUAGAGCACCAAAAAAUCAACCAUGCCUAUCAAAUCUUUCGUCAAGCGAUUCGGCAAGGGUGCCGCCACCAAGCAGGUAUACAUCUACGAAACAUGGGCGCGUUGGGUCGCGCGCGGCGUCCAACUCAUCAUGGCUCUCAUCGUCUGCGGCCUGUAUGGUAACCGCGUCCGCCACGACCACGAAGAUGGCAACGGCCAGAACCCCGCAUGGCUUUACGCUCUCGCCGUCUCAGGAUUCUCAAGCAUCACCUGCCUCCUCUACGCCAUUCCCAACCCUUUCUUCCAGUCGCACCGUCUUUUCGCCUGGGAUCUCGUCUUGUUCGUCCUGUGGAUUGCGCUAUUCGGUACCUUCGCCGUUAUCUUCCUCAAGCGCGAUAGCGGCGAGUACGAAGGCACUAGUGUCACGCUGAUGAAAUGCGCUGUCUGGGUUGAUCUCGUCAAUGCACUUUUGUGGCUCUGCACUGGCGUUUACGGUUGCGCGCGCACUUUCUUUGGUAGGAAGGUCAACAAUAAGAUCGACCACUACCAAAACAAGGCCGAAGAACGAUUCAACGCGAAGGUCGACCAAUAUGCUGGCCCGGCGGCUAGCAACUUCAGCAUGAAGCUCAACCCUCUACGUAGAGAGGUAGUGUAAAUUACGAGCAUAUGAGGUGGGAGUGGAGGGGAGAUACGGUUCGAUAAUGAUGAUGACAGGAGUUAUCGGGGAGUUGACUCAUUUACAAUUAUGCUUCUUCGGCAUGGAUAAAAUAGCAUUGCGACCGGUUGCAUACAUAGAAACUCUUUUUUCCUUUCCUUGUCAAACGAGCUUCCACUUGGUUUGAA